CGCGCCAACUGUUUUUGUUUACGCGCGGCACGCAGGAAGGGGAGCCAAAAAGAACGUGUGAUUACGUGAAAGCGACCAAGUCCCGGCGGCCAGCCGAGCCACCUUCCUUCCAAAUUAAGUACCCCGUCACUCCACUCCACACUCUCACUCCCGUCCCAAUCACCUCUCCCUUUCCCUCCUCCCCCACCACCACCUCUCGCCAUCAACCAUGGCUGCGGCGGCGGCCGCUCCCCUCCUCCUCCUCCUCCUCCUCCCGCUGCUCCUCCUCGGCGCCAAUGCCAAUGCCGACCCGGCGCCGGCCACCAUCGUGCUCAAGGACGGCACCACCUGCACCCUCUGCGCAUCCUGCGACAACCCCUGCAACCCCUCCUACUACCCGCCCCCGUCCCCUCCCCCGGCACCCGUCACCACGCCGUGCCCGCCCCCGCCCUCCUACCCAUCCCCCUCCGGCGGCGGCGGAGGCGGCGGCCCCAUCGUCUACUCCUCCCCACCCCCUCCCGCUUCCAGCGGCGUCGGCGGAGGCUUCUACUACCCACCGCCCACCGGCGGGGGCGGCAACAACGGCGCCUCCCAGCAGGGCGGUGGCGGUGGAGGCGGAGGCGGAGGCGGCGCCUACCCGACCCCGCCGCCGCCCAACCCGUUCCUGCCCUACUUCCCCUUCUACUACUACAGCCCGCCGCCGCCGCACUACUCCGGCGCCUGGGCCGUGACCGCCACCUCGUCGCCGGUGGCAACGCUGCUGGCGGUGAUCCUCUCGGGCCUGCUGCUGCUGCAGUGGUAGAUCUGCCGAGUGAGUUAACACUGCGCUGUGUUUUUUUCACUUACUUACACUAGAGGUGGUGGGUGAAUAGAACUGGUGAUCGAUUCAAUUGUGGCCUGUGUAUUCUAGUAAAUUUUCAUUGUAAUUUUGAUUCCAUUUCUCAUUUCCCCGGCCCCCUCUUCUUUCUUUGUGGUUUAUAACUUUAUGUGUGUCGGUCGGUAUAAAAACUUGUAGCGAAUUGUACAAGGAGGGCAACAAAGUAAUGAUCUAUAGCAGUACCAUACUCUUCUAGUCUUCUAGAGAGAUCUAACUGAAUUGUUCAUGCCAAAGAAUGCACAUAAAAGUUGCCAA